GCGAGCACCACCAGCAUGCCCGGUCACGUCGUGAAGAGCACGGGUCCCGACCCCGACCCCACUGAAUACCUCUUCAUUUCCGCCGAGCAAAGGCGCAUCGACCAGACGAAGCCUUACGAUCCCAAGAAGUCCGUCUGGGCUCCCGACCAGGCGGAGGGAUUCGUCGAAGCCCAACUCCAGGGCGCUAAGGGAGAGAAGCUGCUGACUGUAAAGCUUCCAAGUGGUGAGACAAAGGAUUUUAAGAAGGAGCUCAUCGGUCAGGUCAACCCUCCCAAGUACGAGAAGUGUGAGGAUGUGUCCAACUUGACCUUCCUCAACGAUCCCUCCGUCUACUACGUCCUCAAGUCCCGUUACCAGGCCAAGCUUAUUUACACCUACUCCGGACUUUUCUGUAUCGUCAUCAACCCUUACAAGCGUUACCCCAUCUACACCAACCGUGCCGUCAAGAUCUACAUGGGCAAGAGGCGUAAUGAGGUGCCCCCUCAUCUCUUCGCCAUCUGCGACGGUGCCUACCAGAACAUGAUGCAAGAUCGCCAGAACCAAUCUAUGCUUAUCACUGGUGAGUCUGGAGCUGGCAAAACUGAGAACACGAAGAAGGUGUUGUCUUACUUCGCUAACGUUGGUGCCUCUGACAAGAAAGAAACCAAGCAGAAUUUGGAGGACCAGAUUAUCCAGACCAACCCCAUCCUUGAGGCCUAUGGUAACGCCAAAACCACCCGUAACGACAAUUCAUCUCGUUUCGGCAAGUUCAUCCGUGUGCACUUCGGCCCCAACGGCAAGCUUUCCGGCGCUGACAUCGAGGUCUACCUGCUGGAGAAGGCUCGUGUCAUCUCCCAGUCCCCCGCCGAGCGAGGCUACCAUAUCUUCUACCAGCUGAUGUGCGACCAGAUCGAUUACAUGAAGAAGAUAUGUCUUUUGUCCGACGACAUUUAUGACUACAGCUUCGUGUCUCAGGGCAAAGUGACAGUCCCUUCAAUCGACGACAAGGAAGACAUGCAAUUUACUCAUGAUGCAUUUGACAUCCUAAACUUUAGCAACGAGGAGAGGGAUAACUGCUACAAGGUCACUGCAUCUGUUAUGCACUUUGGUAACUGCAAGUUCAAGCAGAGGGGUCGUGAGGAGCAGGCUGAACCCGAAGGCACUGAGCACGGCGAGCUUGUGGCCAAACUGCUUGGAGUGGACGCUGAAGAACUCUACAGGAACCUGUGCAAACCCAAGAUCAAGGUCGGCGCUGAGUUCGUCACUCAAGGAAGGAAUGUCAAUCAGGUCAACUACAGCGUUGGUGCCAUGUCGAAGGCUCUGUUCGACCGUACUUUCAAGUGGCUUGUGAAAAAGUGUAACAUGACACUCGAGACUGGCCAGACUCGUUCCAUGUUCAUCGGUGUCCUCGAUAUUGCCGGCUUCGAAAUCUUCGACUUCAACGGUUUCGAACAAAUCUGCAUCAACUUCUGUAACGAGAAGCUGCAGCAGUUCUUCAACCACCACAUGUUCGUACUGGAACAAGAAGAAUACUCAAGGGAAGGUAUUGUGUGGCAGUUCGUCGAUUUCGGAAUGGAUCUGCAGGCUUGCAUUGAGCUCUUCGAGAAGAAAAUGGGUCUCCUCUCCAUCCUUGAGGAAGAGUCUAUGUUCCCCAAGGCUACUGACAAAACAUUCGAGGAGAAGCUCAAUAUCAACCAUCUUGGAAAGUCACCUUGCUUCAUCAAGCCCAAGCCUCCAAAGGCCGGUCAGCCUGAGAACCACUUUGCCAUUGUUCACUACGCUGGCACUGUGUCCUACAACCUGACUGGCUGGCUUGAGAAGAACAAGGAUCCUCUCAACGACACCGUCGUCGACCAGCUCAAGAAGGCCUCCAACGCCCUCACAGUUGAGCUGUUCGCUGACCAUCCCGGCCAGUCUGGUGACGGAGGCGGUAAAGGAAAGGGUGGCAAGCAACAGACAGGUUUCAAGACAGUAUCCUCAGGCUACAGGGACCAGCUAAACAACUUGAUGAAAACGCUCAACGCCACUCACCCUCACUUCAUCCGUUGUAUUGUGCCUAACGAGUUCAAGAAACCAGGUGCCGUGGACGCUGGCCUCAUCAUGCAUCAGCUGACGUGCAAUGGUGUCCUUGAAGGCAUCCGUAUCUGCCGAAAAGGCUUCCCCAACAGGAUGCCCUAUCAUGACUUCAAGCAGAGAUACAAUAUCCUCGCUGCAAAAGAGAUGAUCGAGGCGAAGGACAACAAGAAAGCAGCUAAUGCGUGCUUAGAAAAAGUCGGUCUUGACCCAGAAUCUUACCGCACCGGAAAUACAAAGGUGUUCUUCCGUGCUGGGAUCCUCGGUAGGCUCGAGGAAAUUCGUGACGACCGUGUAAUGAAGCUUUUGAGUUGGUUCCAAGCCUGGAUCCGCGGCUACGCCAGCCGAAAGCAAUAUGCCAAAAUGCAGAAGCAGAGAACCGCUCUUCUCAUCGUCCAGCGCAACAUCAGGAAGUACCAGAAGAUGCGCUCCUGGCUCUGGUACGAGAUGUGGAUGAAGAUGAAGCCCAAGCUCAAUGUCACACGCGCCGAGGAUGAACUCAUCAGGCUGGAAGAGCUCGCCGAGAAAGCUGAGGCCGAGUUUGAGAAAGAGAUUAAGAUGCGAGAGCAGCUUGAGAUCAAGAAUGCUGCUCUUCUCGAGGAGAGAGCUGAGAUUAUGAUGGCGCUCGAUUCGUCCAAGGGCGGUAUGUCUGAGUACAUGGAGAAGCAGGCAAAGCUAUUGGCACAGAAGGCCGAAAUUGAAGGGCAACUGAAUGAAACCUUGGAACGUCUGGAAAAGGAACAGGAAGCUCAUAAUCAGCUCGCAAAUGGCAGAAAGAAGUGCGAGCAGGAGGUAGCUAACUUGAAGAAGGAACUUGAGGACAUCGAACUUGCCUUGCAGAAGGGUGAGAAAGACAAAGCCACCAAGGAUCAGCAGAUUCAAAACCUUAAGGACGAGAUUGCCCACCAGGAAGAGCUCAUCACCAAGGUUAAUAAGGAGAAGAAACAACUCCAGGGUUGUAACCAGAAUACUGCCGAAGAUCUGCAAGGUAUUGAAGAUAAAUGCAAUCAUCUCGGUAAGGUAAAGUCGAAAUUGGAAUUUAAUCUCGAUGAGCUCGAAGAUUCUCUUGAACGGGAGAAGAAGCUCCGCCAUGAGGUCGAGAAGACCAAGAGAAAGGUUGAGGGUGACCUCAAGCUGACUCAAGAGGCUGUUGCUGAUCUGGAACGCAACCUGAAGGAAAUUGAAACAACCGUUGACCGCAAGAAUAAGGAGAUAACUGCAAUUUCCUGCAAAAUUGAGGACGAACAGGCUCUUGUGUGCAGAGAUCAAAGGCAAGUGAAGGAACUUCAAGCUCGUCUUGAGGAACUCGAGGAGGAAGUUGAGCACGAGCGCCAGGUCCGUAGCAAGGCCGAAAAAGCUAAGAAUCUCCUUUCACGUGAACUUGAAGAACUUACUGACCGACUGGACGAGGCUGGCGGCGCCACUGCUGCUCAGAUCGAGAUCAACAAGAAACGAGAGAGCGAACUGGCUAGAGUGCGUCGCGAACUUGAGGAAUCCAGCCUUCAGCAUGAAGCUUCUCUUGCUUCUCUUCGCAAGAAGCACAACGAUGCUGUUUCUGAGAUGUCAGAACAGAUUGACCACCUCAAUAAAAUGAAAGCUAGAACCGAAAAGGACAAGGAUGCUAUGAAUCGUGACGCUGAGGAUGCAAAAUCAGCAAUGGAUGCUCUUACCCGUGAUAAGACCUCUUCUGAGAAGACUACCAAGCAUCUGCAGCAACAAUAUAGUGAGAUCUGUUCCAAGUUAGACGAACUCAACCGUACUCUCAACGACUUUGAUGCUGCCAAGAAGAAGCUCUCCUGUGAAAACGGUGACCUGGUCCGUCAGGUAGAGGAGGCAGAAAACAAUCUUUCUCAACUUUCCAGAGUCAAGCUUUCACUUACCAAUCAGCUUGACGAUACCAGAAAGCUUGCUGAUGAGGAGAGCAGGGCACAUGCCACACUCCUGGGCAAGUUCCGCAACUUAGAGCAUGAUAUAAGCACCCUUCGUGAGCAACUAGAAGAGGAGAGUGAAGCCAAGGCAGGUGUACAGCGAAUGUUGUCUAAGGCUAAUGCUGAGGCUCUCAUGUGGCGCUCCAAGUACGAGUCCGAGGGUGUUGCUCGUGUUGAGGAAAUUGAUGCUUCUCGCAUGAAGCUCGCUGCUCGUCUCGAGGAAGCCGAAAUGCAGAUUGAGUCUCUGAAUGUCAAGAAUCUGCAUCUAGAAAAGACCAAGAUGCGUGCUAAUGCCGAACUAGAGGAAUUGCAAGUCACCGCUGAGCGUGCACAAACAAUGGCUGCAGCUGCUGAAAAGAAACAGAAGAAUUUUGACAAGAUUAUCUGCGAAUGGAAGAUGAAGGUCGAUGACCUUACUGCUGAACUUGAUGCUUCUCAGAAGGAAUGUCGCAAUUACUCAACCGAAAAUUUCCGCCUGAAUACUGUAAAUGAAGAGACGACGGAGCAGCUCGACUGCAUCCGCCGGGAGAACAAGAACCUGAAUGACGAGAUCAAGGACCUGAUUGAUCAGAUCGGCGAGGGCGGCCGAGCGCACCACGAAAUCCAGAAGAAUGUCAAGCGACUUGAGCUCGAGAAGGAGGAGCUGCAAAGCGCUCUCGAGGAGGCCGAGGCAGCUCUCGAACAGGAAGAGAACAAGGUCCUCCGAACGCAGCUCGAGCUCAGCCAAGUCAGGCAAGAAGUUGACCGACGCGUUCAGGAAAAGGAAGAAGAAUUCGACAAUACUCGGAAGUGUCACCAGAGAGCCGUCGAUUCUUUGCAAGCUUCUCUCGAGGUUGAAGCCAAAAAUAAGGUUGAAGCUCUUCGCUUGAAGAAGAAGCUCGAGUCCGACAUCAACGAGCUCGAGAUCGCCCUUGACCACGCCAAUAAGGGCAAUGCUGACCUCCACAGGCAUUUUAAGAAGAUUCAGGAUGAGGUCAAAGGCAUGGAGACCCGAGUAAAGGAAGAGCAACGUCUUGCCUCCGAGUACCGUGAACAGUAUGGCAUUGCUGAGCGCCGCUUCAACGCCCUUCACGGGGAGCUGGAAGAAUCUCGAACGCUCCUGGAACAAGCGGACCGCGGCCGUCGCCAGGCUGAGACUGAGCUCAACGACGUGCGUGAACAAGUUGAAGCCCUCACUGCCCAGAAUUCAGCUCUUUCUGCCUCCAAGAGGAAGCUUGAAGGGGAAAUACAAACUCGACAGGCCGAUCUUGAGGAAAUGAUCAGUGAGGCAAAGAACUCCGAGGAAAAGGCGAAGAAGGCCAUGGUUGACGCUGCCCGUCUCGCCGACGAACUCCGCGCUGAGCAGGAACACGCUCAGACUCAGGCCAAGAUGCGGAAGGCCUUGGAGGUCAACGUGAAGGACCUCCAGUCCCGUCUAGAAGAGACUGAAACUACGGUUAUGAGGACAGGGAAAAAGGCUAUCAGCGACCUCGAAGUUCGCAUCCAUGAACUCGAGAUUUCCUUAGAUAACGAGACUCGUAGCCACGCAGACUCUCAGAAGAACCUGAGGAAGUGCGAGAGGCGCAUCAAGGAGCUCGCCUUCCAGACUGACGAGGACAAGAAGAACCACGACAGGAUGCAGGACCUCGUCGAUAAGCUCCAGCAGAAGAUCAAGACCUACAAGCGCCAGAUCGAGGAGGCUGAGGAGAUCGCCGCCCUCAACCUGGCCAAGUUCCGUAAGGCUCAGCAGGAGCUCGAGGAAGUUCAAGUUUCUUAUUAAUAGUGUGUAUCCGUG